AUGGACGACCGGGUCGACUUGGAGCUGUCAGACGUAGGUUGUGUGCAUUGCUGGACUGUGGUGCGUAACCAAUGUGGGGUUGCCGCUAGGAUCAACGGAUUUGAAGCGCCAGCAAAUUUUUGUUCGAACUUUCAGUCCAUGGGGUCUAUAGCGCAUCACUCGGAGCAAUGGCAGGAGCCAUCCGGCUUCUCCAAUACUGGCGAGAAGUGUGGUUUUGUCCCUGAUCAUCGAUGGCUGGUCGAGCAAGAUCCAAGGAUACACCCUGCCUACGUCGUCAACGUACAGACCCACACACCUCAGCGUGCUCCAUCGCUCGACCAACUUCGCAGCCCAACUCUUUUGACCAAACCCGCUGACUCGAUCCUCCCUACAUCUUGGGCCACUCCGGAGAAUGACAGAGUACAACAAGUGGCCACGGAAGUCAUGCUUGGAAAAGCCCGGGAGCUGACGAUCACGAGGCAGCAGCCCGUCCUUCGUGACGUUGGGCGGGCGUCCCGGUCCAGCGGGAUAGCCUCAAGCGAUCGAUCUGGUAAGAUUUCUUACUCUCGGCUGUCAUCAAGGCCAAGUUCGUCUUCGAAGCAAGACAACACACGCACCGCACGGCAUCAGCCGUCAUUCUCGGAAUUCUACGACUAUGUGCGAGGCGAUUGUUCUCUUCCCGGCUCCGCCAAUGGCUCGGAACGAGGUGCUGGUGGUGUUCCAGGGUCACAGGCAUCCCACAGUGACUAUCAUAAGCCAGCGACACGACGUGGUCAAGGAGAGUUCCGAUCAGGUGUUGGGCACAGCCAUGCUGAUGGGUCUGAACAGUCAGGUCAAGGCCGGUGUCUGCAUGGAAAGUCAGAGGCAUUGACUUGUCCUUGCGGCAAACAUGAGGCCGGGUUGUCUAUUCAUAAUAAGUGCAGUCCGUCACACAGUAGUGAAGAAUCUACAUUGUCAGAUGAGGGCUACCGUGAGCAGCGUGUCUCCCGAGUGCCUGAGGAACGGGGCCCCGCUGUGCGCUUGGCUGGGGAACUUCUUGGUUUAGAAACGGAGUUUCCACAAAGAGAUCCCUUGUCGUAUCGUACCCGAAUCGAGGCUUGGAUCGCAGAGCUUCGGACGAGCCACUUCGAGGAUCCCGAACUGGUCGGCCCAUUUCCCGAGCUUGUCCUCCAGAGACCACCUUCUUCACUACUGUACGCCGACCAACAGGAGGAACCAGAAUUCUGCAACGAGCCGUUCCGCUCAAGGAUUGGAGUACUCAUUGAAUCACGAAACCGUCCGGCAUCUCGGUCCGUGGAUCAUCGCGCUGCAAGCCGGCGUCGUACUCGAGACACGACUUCCACGGCGUCGACUAACCUCCCCAUCAUGGCCCAGAACUCGGAAAGGUCGGGAGGUAAAGGUCGAGAGCCGGUACCUUCCGCGAUCAAGGGCGACUUCAUUUCGGUCUCGCCCAGAAAACAUCGGUCACCAUCGCCGCAGAAGCACAAGCCAAACAAAUCCGUCCAGAUCAACCUAAAUCUAACCGAGAAUCAGGUCGAUCGGCUGACAGAUGUAUUCUCGAACAAGAGCGAAUCGCCAUCACGUCGCGGACGAGUCGACACCUUCAGUCGAACUCGAUCACCAGUACGAAACAACGACCUCAAUGACACUCAGACUGCACCUCGGGCUCACGGAAACAUCGACCAUCACAUGCCUCCCUCGCAAUCCAAGGACGGAUGGAGCCGCUAUGAGAUGCCUCAUGACAGUGACUCGACAACAUUUUCGGAGUUGAUGCCUUCCUCGAACCACAAACCUAAGGGCUCUCUGGCGUCGAGUAUCGCCGAACGUCGCCGACAACAUACACCGACGCCGGUCAAUAUCAAUGAUCACCAGCAAUAUGGAACUCUUGUGAAUGAUACCAAUAUCAUUCCUCUUGUUCCGCAGCCCAGGACGCCGAACAGUCCGCCCCUCCCCGGCAUCGAUCAUGUUGACUCAUCUUCCGUCUAUUCUCAGAGUGAAGGCCAGCCAAGUCCUCUCCACAUCAAGAGAGACGACAUUCCGCGACACAUUGAGAACGUGAUGCAGUCUUACAGUGGCUGGAAAGAUUCAAAUGUUCAAGCGCCGGUCCCUGACGUGCUAGGCCAUGGGGGGAACGCUCAGGGACAUGGCCCCUACAAGGGCAGGUUGGAGGCCCUUAGACAGCCGGUGAUGGAUGUCAGUCAGAUUUAUUCUCCCCUCAGACCGUACUUCGCCUACAAAGACCUCCCCACGCAGAAAAUCGCGGGCAAGACCUUGAUCGGGGAACAGGGAUGGCUCGAGCGACCCAACCAGACCCCCGACCGCAAAAAGGACAGCUCGCCCAAGAAACCCGGCCUUCUCGACAGCCUCAAGAAGAUGGCCAAGGACAUGGGCAAAUCGUCAAACAGAAGGCUGCGCGACAUAGAGAAAGAAGGAAAAGUACAGAGAGUGACAAUCUCACUCGAUCCCCGUGAGCAGAGUCUCCUUUACUGCGAGCUCGAGUUUCACAUCAGCAACGCGUUGCACACCUACAUCACCAACGAAUUGAACCAUGGACGGCUCAACCCGGACAAACUCAAAAAGAUUGCGGAUGGCUGGAACCAGAAGGGUCGCCCGAGAGUCGUCGGUUUCCGAUACGACUUGGAGACGCAGCUCGAACUUGUUCACCUCCACAUCGACGAGUUCCGAUUCUUUGGCCGCCGUCAAAGCAACCCGCUAGAGAUAGGUGGCCUCCUCCAUGCGAUGAAGGUCAACGCUCGAUCGCUACGGAUUCGCACCUACUGCCAGCCCGAUUCUGUGAUUGCCAAGCAGCUCGUCGAUUCCCAAUCUCUCUGCAACACCAUCGGAUGCUCCGAUGCCCAGCAAAUCGCCAUUGCGGAGAUAGCGCAAUUUUUCAAGGUCAUUGUAGAGAGAGAGCAGGCCUAUCGUGCAAACCUAGAUCGUAAGAACACGGCUCAGACGUUGCCGCAUGGUCAAGGCGACCGGCAAUGGGAACUGUCAAGAGACUUGACUCAAGGCGCGGAGUCUUACAGCGGUCUUCAUCUUAUACCCGAAGGCUACGACGUCAACGCAGAGACUCUCCGAUAUAACAGUUGA